CAAGCCAGCAACAAGUGAGGAUCCCUAUUCGCAUCUUGCUUGUCGUGGUCGCCAUUACUUUUCUGCGACGAUGUCAUCAAUUCAAAGGCUACGUCCCAGUGCGACAUGCGCACUCAGACGCAAUGCAUCCAGCGUUGCGGCUGCCCUCUCACAGAACAGCGGCUCCGGCGCCGCCCCUUUCUCGACGAGCGCUGCCCUCUGCAAGCGCAAAACCAAAGACAGCAACAAGAAACGAGGCGUGAGCAGCCUGUACGCGUCUGGACCUAGAGAACCGCUAUCUAUGUCUGGAAUCCCCUUGCCGAAGCCGCGUGAUUUCAAACCGACGAUCAAGGUCGACGAUAAGCACGGUCUCUGGGGAUUCUUUCCUGAGCCGAAGAAGCUUGUUUGGACACCAAGCGAGACUGAGCGACACGGCCGCGCAUGGACUGUGGAGGAAUUGCGAAGGAAAUCAUGGGAAGAUUUACAUGCUCUGUGGUGGGUGUGCUGCAAAGAGCGAAAUAUGAUUGCCACUAGCCGCACCGAGUUGAUUCGUGCGAAGCUUGGAUUUGGUGAAGCUGAGUUUGACCAGCGUGACGAAGAGGUUCGACACACCAUGCGUGCCAUUAAGCAUGCCCUAACCGAGCGAUACUACACAUGGGAAGAUGCUGUCAAGGUUGCAGAGACCGAUCCCGAAAUCAACAUGGAUGGCGAGGAAGGCCAGGUUUAUAACCCAUCGUCAUACGAAGAAGAAUACACGGAGCCAGAGGCAUGGGAAGAGACCGAGGGUGUAGCUCCGGAUGCCGCUGGGGAAGCGAACAAAGCAGCACCAAAGGAAGCUCUCCGAUGAACCAGCAUUAUAGGAUAACGAUCCCAAGCCCCCAGCUUUGAGAUGGAGAAUUUCUUUUUUGGUAAAGAGAGCGAUUUAGGUGGAUGUGCCGCGAGGCUGCGGACGUGUACAAACUGCUUUGCAUGGGGAGCUCUGUAUGAUAUAGAUUUGAAAUGGCGCGUCCCAUUUGUACAACAUCGGGUUUAAAUAAAAACUUUUGCAUUAACCAGAUGCAGCCUACACUG